AUGGCUCCUAGAGUAAAUAGUGUGGCUUGGGAUCAUUUUACGGACAAAGGGCAACAAAUGGCCGAGUGUAAUAUUUGUAAAAUACAACUGAGUUUUAAAAGUUCUGUAUCAAACCUUACAAAACACAUUAAACGUAAACAUCCAUUCGUAAGUUUAGUUAGAAGAAACGACGUUCCAGCUCCAGUGAUAACAUCCCAGACUAACCAGCAACCACCAAUAUCAGACCAAUCUGCUGGAAUAGUUCAACAACCUGGAGGUGAACAACGGCCGUCCACUAACUUGCUGCAGUGUGUUGAUUCCACCAAACAGUUGGAUGGACUUAUGCUUUGCUUGAAGUUCAGGAGCAGCUACGGGUUGUUACUCGAUUUAAAGACGUCUUUGGCAGUUAAUAAGUCAAUUAGAAACCUGAGGAAUAUGCCUUCAACUCCUGUGAUGUUGGACACCAUACCAAAAGUUGACAUUGAUAAUUCGGGUAUUUUUAAAUACAUCCUAAUGAGGGUUUACGAUAAAAAUAAAGAAGAGGAACCACCGGUGACAAUUGUGAGAGGCUAUAAGCGCUGCAACUACCAUUCAGAUAUAUUUGAUGAGGUUCAGGAAAAACUGCAUCCCCAUGAUUGUGAAGUUUUGGGAGGAGGAAGAAUUUCCCAUGAUUCUGACUUGAAGCAAAUUCAAAUUUAUGGAUAUUCACAGGGAUUUGGAAAAGCAGAUCAUGAUGUCACAGCAAAGAUAAUAAAAGAUUUUUAUCCUGACUAUACAAUCACAACCAGUGAUGAAGGAUAUUAA